AUGGCCAAAGUUGCCCUCCGUCGCGCCCACCGUCCGCACGACAGCCCCACGCCCCGCCAGACUGCGAGGAGCGUAGACGAGCCGGGGUGGAGCAGAGGGGAGCGGCGCGGGGCUGGGGAGUGCAGCAAGCAGGAGGCGCCCAUCAAGGCAUCCGUGGACCGUGGCCGGCUUCGCUCCGACUCGGCCCCCCGUCCUGCCGUCACGUCCUGUCACUCGCUCUCCCGUCACUCCCUCCCAAAGUCCACAUCCGCCGUCCAGCCCAUCCGGACCGUCCUCUCGCGGGCCCUGCUCGACCAGCAGCGUCAACGACGCCGGCGCGGCGAACGCGUGGCUACCUCUACUGCAGUUCUAGUACUAUCAGCUGGCUGCUCCGAUCAUGGAGGUCUUGCCGGCGGCACCUCCACCGCCCCGCCCUGCCUCGACGUCCCCGCCGUCCCCUCGUCGACCUCCGACGCGACCGUGCCGCUGCCCCUGCCCCCCCUCGCGCAGACGCGUACCUACCCACCGGCUGCGCGCGCGAUGCCCACACAAUACACAAUACACAGCCCGACAGCCCGACAGCGGCACGCGAACAAAACACCCCGUCGCGGCGCCGCCCGUGUCUCGAUCGUCUCGAUUGUCUACACUGCCGUCCCCAGAGACACGACACCCAACGCACCGCCUGUCCGACGCGCACGCCGCGUCGCGUCUCGUUCCCAGUCAACGAGUGCACCCGAUACGCCACCCAUCGACGCACGUCGCCGCUUCUCUGCCCGCGCAGACCUGCACGUCCGAAUAGCGUUACGUACCCCCGACUCGGUGUGCGCGCCCGUCUCGGAUUCAGGGUCGGGGCCGGGUGCUGUAUAUAUGGUGUCGUACCGCUGGGGCUUUGGUGCGCGCGUGGGUCGGUGUAGGCGUGUCGUGUUCCGUGUCCGCCAUCCGGCGGGCGGGCAGGCAGGCGGGCGGAGGGGUAAGGGGCCCAGUGGAGGUGGCGUGCGUUGGCGCACACCGCGUAGACGCGAUAAGAUGUCCGAGACCGAGACGACGGACGCGCCUCCCCCGGCCCACGAGCGACCAGAGUUCAGACCGCCCAAUCAGCGCCGCGGCGCGCGUCUUGACUCUCGAUGUGCAAAGAUGGAAAGACGCUUGCUGCCGCUCGCGCGCACGCACGCACGCACGCAGGCCCGCCGCUCCGCGUAUCCCAUCGAGAGCUGCCAGGGUGGAUCAUCAGGGUCCAUGAUUCGGGAUCAGGUGCUGAUGCACGACGCCCCGAGGGGGUGGGAUCCCACGCGGCCGUGGGGUGCUCGAGUCUGCACAGAACGACUGUCUUCUCGUCAGGCGAAUGCGGAAAGCGGAAAGCGCGACGCGCCCGGCCGUGUGAGCGUGAGCAGGACCAGAGGGCUAGCUACAUCUCUAUCAGAGCGCCGGGUUAUCGACCCGCGGCACGCCGGCACCGCACUUAUCACCACAAACCGCACAAAACAAACAAAAACUCUGCCCCGCCUCGCCUUCGCCGUCCUCUCCGUCCUCCCCGCCUCCUCCGCCGCCAUCGUCCCCAUCGUCCCGCCCCCAGCACCCACCACGUCCCCAACCCUGCCGCACCCGCUCCUCCGCCGGCUCGCCCGCCCCGCAGCCAUGCGCCGUCGCCGCUCCUCCUCACACGACGCCGCCACCUACGCCCCGCGCGACAUCCGCGACUACUACGGCCCCUUCACCGCCCCCCACCCCCCCGCCGCCCCGCCCCCCACCAGCCAAAACACCCACCAGCACCCGAUCGCCCGCGACCGCUACGGCUCUAGACCCCGCGACGAGCGCGACGAGCGCCGCCGCUGGGCCCCGUCGUACGACCGCGGAUACUCUACGGCCGCUUCGCGCGCGCACGAAGGCGCGGAGCGGGACACGCGGUAUUAUCGUCCCGAUGAGCGGCGCUCGUGGAGCGCGCGCGGGUACCACCACGACCACCGCUACGCCCCGCCACCGCCAUCGGCUCCCGACCGCCCGCGCGAUCGCGAGCGCUGGCCGGGCCCCCGUGACGACUUCCGCGAUGCCCCCGCGCCCGACCGCCGCUUCCACACCCGCGACUACGACAACGACAACGACAACGAAGCCGCACCCGACAACGCCGCCGGUGACGCCGACGCGUGGGACAGAGGCCGCGCGCGCACGCACGCGCACGCGUGGCCCCCGCGCCGCCCGCCGCUCUCCGCCUCCUCCGACCCACACGGCCUCAUCACCCCCUUCGCCAACUCGGGCCGCGGCCCCGCCCGCCCGCACCCCUCCCCCUCCUCCUCCCGCCCCUCCCGCCCGCCUUCUCCCUUCGCCGUUCCCGCCCUCCCCACCGGCCCGCGCCCCGCGCGGUACCCGCAGGACCAGCAGCACCAGGUCCCGCCGACGCCGUCCGCGGACUACCUCGCGCUCGCCGCCGCGCCCUCCACGGCCCUCCCCGACCCGCCCCCGCCGACCGCGCGCAAACUCCUCGUGCUCGACCUCAACGGCACCCUCCUCCUGCGCUCCGCCCGCGCCCCGUGGUCUGCGCGCGCCUCCGCCUCCGCCCACGCCAAGCCCGCCCCGCGCACCGUCCACCCGCGCGCGUACCUCCCCGCUUUCCGCGCGUACCUCUUCGCGCCGCGCACGCGCGCGUGGCUCGACGUCGUCGUGUGGUCGUCCGCGCAGCCGCAUAACGUCGAGGAUAUGGUCUCGCGCGCGUUUGCCGGGGACCGCGCGAAGCUGGGCGCGGUGUGGGCGCGCGACACGAUGGGGCUCGCGCCGGAUCGGUAUUUCCGCAAAGUACAGACCCUCAAAGACCUCAACAAGCUCUGGACCGAGCUCCCCGCCCGCCCCGCCCGCCCGGUCCUCCCCCCCGACGCAGACGCACCCGCGCCUACCGCGCCCGCGCCCGUCCGCCACUCGGCGCACAGCACCCUCCUCCUCGACGACUCGCACAAAAAGGCAGCCCUGCAGCCGCACAACCACGUCUGCGUCCCCGAGUACACGCAGGCGCUGCGCAAUCGCGACCUCGAGGCGCUGAGGGCCGAACGCGCCGCGCGUGCGGCCGUGGGGGCGGCGGCGGCGGGGGCGAGUGGUUCGAGGGCGGCGAGGGCGAGGGCGGCGGGGGCGAGUGGUGCGGCUUUGGACGCGGGGGCGGAGCCUGCGCCUGCGCCCGCGCCUGCUGCCCCACCCACGACCCCGCGCGCGGUCGCGGGCGUGGCGGACGCGAUGGGCGACGAGCGCGAGGCGGGGGGCGAGGACGAAGACAAGGACGACAAGGACGACGAGGAGGACGUGCUAGGCUCGCACAAGCGCAAGCGGCGCUCGACGAAGCAGAAGCGCGCGGAGAAGGCCGCGCGGGAGCGCGAGCGCGCCGCCGCCUCCACCAGCGCCAGUGCCAGCACUAGCACCAAAGCCAAAGCUAAUCCCGGCAUGGCCGUCGACGCUGGCGCGAGCGCCGCCAUCAUCGCUGCUGCUGGCGACGCUGGUGCGGAUGGCCUAGCGGUGCAGCCUCCGCCCGCUCCCCCGCCCGCAUUCGACGAGACGCUGCUGGCCGUCGUCGGGAUUCUGCAUGCCGCGCGCACGCAGAGCAGCGUCGCGGGGUGGAUUCGCGGGGGCGCGCUGUGGGGCGGGCAAGCGGUGGACGCGGUGGACGCGGUGGGCGCGGUGGGCGCAGCGAAGGCAGCGGAGGCGGGGGAGAGCGACGGGUCGGUGGAGGAGGGGGGGCGGGGGAAGCGAAGGCGGCGGAGGGGCGCGGCGGAGGGGGAGGAAGAUGAGGAGGAGGGGGGGAAGGAGGAGGGGGGUGUAAAGAGCGCGGGCGCGGGCGCGGGCGAGGACACGGUGCCGGCGCCGGUGCCGGUGUGGUUCGAGCACGCGCCGGCGGUGGGGUAUUGGGCGGCGCGCGGGCGCGCGGCGCUCGAGGCGCUGGGGAUCCCGGUCGAGCAUGGGAUAGAGCGGUGAGCGGCGAGCUGGGAGCGGGCGGUCGGUCUGUGUGUAUGGCGGAGCCGUUUCUUGCGCGGGCGCACGCGCCUUGGGAUCGAAAGUAUCGGAUCAGAAGUAUGCUUGUAGCGCGUGGCGCCGUGCUGCCAUUUAUUUAUUCAUCAUCGUCAUCAUC